GGGAUCCUCAAGACGUUGGAUUCGAUGAGCCUUUUUCACCUUUUGCAGAUUAAAGCAAAACGGAUAACAAUGGCAACGUCUGAUGCAAUAACAACUCCUCCGCCCCAUCGUUUUCCCUCUCGACCACGGACUGAGACUCGUAACCAUCCAUAUUAAAUUCACAGCAUCGCGUCUAGGGUUUUGGCAGACCAAAGUCCCAACUCGUCGUAAUCGUAGCAUCAAUUCUUUAUCAUCCGUCCUCGAGUUUCAAUCUGUUUGCUUGUUCCGUUUCCAUGGCUGCGGCGGCGGCAGAGCGGACGCCGGUGUUCAUGAAGGUGGGAGAUCUCAGGCCCGGGACGUCGACCGGCCACACGCUUCUCGUUAAGGUGCUAAGCUCCAAGAUCAAGACCGAGACCAAGACCGUGGUGACCCGCUUUGGCCCGGCGGCGAGGCCCACGAGGAUCGCCGAGUGCCUCGUCGGUGAUGAGACGGGAUGCAUCCUCUUUACCGCCCGCAACAACCAGGUUGACAUGCUGAAGCCCGGCAACACCGUUAUUCUUUGGGAUGCAAAGCUUGGCAUGCCCAAGGGGAUAAUGAAGCUAGCUGUUGACAAACGGGGGCUUGUUGAUGUCACUGAACCGGCAAGCUUCGAUGUGAAGGAGGACAACAAUUUCUCACUUGUGGAGUACGAGUAUGUACAGGUCUAGGUCUACGUGUAAGAGUGGACUUAUUUCGCUCUUAAUCAGAACAAGUGCUUUCCAA